AUGGAAUACAAAAAGUUAGUACAUAUUGUUAAUUUAUUAUUUUUACUAGGCGCUGGAUUAUUAUCUUGGUUUUUAAUAUUAUCAGGUGCGAGAGAAGGUGGAACGUUAAGAAAAUUCUAUUGGUUCCAAGCUGAGACUACGGGAUUCAAUGAUGCUCCAGACAGUACUAGAUGGUACAACUAUAAUUGGUGUGGUUGGGAUAAUGGUGUAGCUAACAGCUACCAUUGCUCGUCGAGAAGACCUGCAGAACCAUUUUCUCCUCGCGACAAUUUCGGUUCCAAUGACAUCAUGCCAAGUACCUUUUUGAAUAACAGAGAUACUUACUACUAUCUUUCAAGAGUUGCUUGGGCGAUGCUACUAAUUGGUCUUUUCUUCAUCAUGUUGGUCAUUAUCCCACAAAUUGUAAAUAUCUUCUUUAGUUCAAGAAUGAUAGGAUUUUCAGCAAUUGCCGUUGCUUUCAGCUGGGCUGCUUUAUUCUUCAUUCUAUUGGCAGCAUGUCUCUAUACUGGCUGCUAUGAAAAGGCAAGAAGAGCUUUUAAGCAUGAUGGUCGGUUUGCCAGAUUGGGAAAAAAUAAUUUUGCCUUUAUUUGGACUACAGUGUUCUUAUUGCUAGUCAGCUCAAUUUGGACAACCAUCGAUACUGCUCAUGUUGGUUACAGGUACGCAAAAGACGGAUUUAGUAAUAAUGCGAAUAAUGACACGAAUAAUUAUGAUAAUGCUUAUUACAACUCAUAUCCAAGGGCAGAAAAUGAUAAUAACGUGGUAAAUGAUCGUACUUCAUCAGAUAGUGAACCUAACGAACACACAAGCCCUGCUCAGCAACCCACUUUUUUCACCAAAAUGAGAACGAAAAAACACGUCAAAAAAGCAAAUGCAUCUGAACCAGAUGAACAGCAAGAAAGUCAAGAAAUUACUACCGUUGAGCAUGGUCCCCAAGGUGUCGUUACUGACGUCUAA